GUUUCUUCUUUUGCUGGCCAGCUUUUUCGUUGUGCUGAAGAGGGUGGGGACACACGGUGGAGAGUGGUGCGAUCAGCUGGGCACAAAAGGAGCUUGAAUGCUGCCGGGCAGCUCAUCUAAGCAUCCAAAAGUUGCUCAGAGGGCAGGCGCUGUGGAGCAGAGCGGUAGUUGCGUCUUGCACAUGGUGAAGGUGGCGCUUGUCAGGGGCCAUGCCGUCGCCCAUAUCAGCAGGUUGGAGCAGCCCAUAGCAAAUGCCGCCUGGGCCUGCCAGGUGCGGUGGGUCUCGGCUCUCCUGGCUGCAAAGACACCCCCAGGCGCUUCGGUCUUCGAAGCGAGAAGGGGGAACUGCCUUUGCUCAAAAUCCAGGCCCCCAAAACUAGUAGCCAGCUCCUCCCUCCCCCCCAGACUUGCCCCACUGCGACAGACUGCUAGACGGCGAACCCCACUUAGGCGAUCUGCCCUUAUAGACCGAGAGAGAGGCCCCAGCGAACAAGUAUCCAAUGGAAGGGGUGCAGAACCGGGAGCUGCCGAGGACGCCCCAUCUUCGGCAAGGGGCUCGCAAGCUGAGCCCAGCGAACCCCCCACUGCGAAACCAAGCCCCGCUGAACGGAGGCAGAGGCGAAAAGCCGCCGCUGCUGGGGGAAAAAGCAGUGGCGAACGAAGUCGGGGGGAGAACCGAGUGGCUGCUGACGUGGAAUGGGUGUCGGAUGCAGUGAGCGGGGGCUUGCGGGCGAAGGAUACUUUUGGGGGGAACAAUAAUGGUGACGUUAGCAAUGAUGUCAGCGGGGGCGACUCGGAGGGCGGGAACUCAAGCGGAAGCGACUCGGAGAGCGGGGGCGAGAGCGGGGGCGAGAGCAGCACGUCUGAGGGGGGGGAGAAUUUGCGGGCCACGGCACCCCCCCAGAAGGGGGGCGAGGGCUGGUGGUUGAAAGCGAUUCGGGGGGGUCUGCGAGAGGAGGACGUUGGGGGCGAGGUUGUGUUGAGUGAGGAAGCUUUACAGAAACGAGUUGAGUCAAGAAGAGGUGGCGGCAGUGAAGAGAUAGAAGCAAAGAUCAGAGAGGCUGAUGCCAGAGUGGCUGCUCUCAAAGCGCAGCGCGCGAGGGUUAGGGCGCUUAACCCGGGGGUCCUUGAAGCGCGGCUGCAUUUUGCACGAAACAGUGUCGAAGUGACGAGGAAGGGAACUAGAGGGGGAACGCGUGAAGAGGAAAGAAGUUGGGAGGAAACAGUCGCAGGGGAGAGAACUAGACAGGGCAGAGCGGGAGAGGAGCGACAAGGGGGGGAGAGUGAUGGGGGAAGAAGACGGAGUGGUUCGGGAGACAACGGGAUUUUGGAAGUAGGAGUUAGUGCGGAGCGAACGUCUGUAAGCAGACCCGGGGAAGCAAGAACUAGAGAGAGGGUGAUUGGAAACGGAAACCUUAGCACGGGGUCUGCCAAGCUCCGCGGGGGAGUGUUCAUGCCCGAUCUCGACAAAGCGCUCUCGUCCCUUUUACGAGAGCGAAAACUAGACGAGGCGAUCCGGCUGUUGCAGGACGGGCGCGCUCGGGGGGGUUUGGUCAGCCGGCGGAGCUACAGCUGGCUGGUGACGUUGCUCUGUCGUCAGCGGCGGUUUGCAACGGCGCAUAACUGGUACCUGAGCGUGUCUCAAGAGGCCGGGGUGAGGCUGGACGACACGGCGCUGGCGAUGCUGGUCCAAGAGGCGGUGCGCAUCGAGCGCAGAGAAGAGGCGUGGGCUUUGUUACAGGUGAUGCGUUCCUACGGCUACUGCCCACGUGUGGCCACGUGGAGCGCCGUCGUGAGCGUUUUCAGCCGGCAUCCCAAAACCGCGGAACAAGCGCUGCGCAUUUGGGACGAGGUCCGCUCGUGGCGCUUCGGAAACCAGGAGGUUUAUACAGACACGGGCGCAUAUAAUGCCGCACUGAAUGCGUGCAUCUCCCUGCGGGAUAUGUCGCGCGCUGAGGCCUUAUGGGCGCAGCUGCAGGCGGAGGGCUUACAGCCCAACGUGCUGACGUAUAAUAUCAUGCUGAGGGGCUAUGCGCUUAUAGGGGAGGCGCGGGAGAUGCUGGCGGGGCUGGAGAGCAUGAAACGGGACGGGGUGCGGCCGGACGUGUCGACUUAUAAUACGAGGGUGGCGGGGCACGUGACCCUGGGUGACGUGGCAUCGGCGGAGAGAGUUCUGGAUGAGGUGCGGGAGUUGGCCGGAGUACGGAGAAAGAGUACAGCGGUGGGGUUAGAAGGAGACGGGGAGGGGGCCGGGUCUAAAGAAGGGGUUUCGGAGGAGCGGGCCGAAGGGGAAGUGGGAGCGGAUUCUCAACUAGCGGCGUUUGCGGAUUGGGCUGCUGACAAAGUCGAGCCUGGGAUUGCGGAUGGAAGCGCUGAGCAGACCACUGAUUCUGCUUCGCGGAGUCGGACCGGUGUGAGUUAUCCGGUAACAGGUAGAAACGGUAGUUUUGAGGGAGUAGACGAGUUGCAGAAUCUAGACGCGUUGGAGAAUCAGCAGUCGGAACGAAAUAUUUUGGCGCAAGCUCCGGUCUUGGAGGGCGCUUCGAGUAGCGGACUGGAAGACCGAAAAACAGAACGCGGGUUGCUAGAAAACGGGCAGAUAGAUGCUACCCCGUCAGCUACAGAUUCUAGUGCUAGAAACGGCGGUAGUACAUCCUCGGAAGCGGAUAGAGUAGACCGGGAAGGGGAAUCGAUUUCCGGACGGCCGGAAGCGUUUAACAAGGAACGUCGGGCGUCGGGCCGUCCGACUCCGGCAGAUGCGAGCGGUCCGAUGGGGCGAAGUUCGGACUCUCCGGAGACGUGGACUCUGAACGGUCUGACGGCACCGGGCUCAAAUUCAAAGCGUACGGAAAGGACUUCGGAUCGUCCGAUCGGAAUCUUGAACGGUCCGGAAGCGUCCGUUUCCGGCCGGCCGUGGCCGACGCUCUCGGAGCUCCGUGACGAAGCCACCGCCGGGGCCCGGCAGCGGCCCCGGAGACCGGACGCCGGCGGCAGCGUCCAAACGGUCCGUCCGACCGUCCGAACUUACACCGCUCUCUUGCGGGGGUACGUGAAAGAGGGGCGGUUACGGGAGGCAUUCGAAUUGGUCGAAGAAAUGGUUGCCGCCGCGGGGGGCCGGCAGGAAGCGCUCCCGAACGUCGUCACGUACACGGUCCUGAUCGACGGGUGCGUGCGGAAGGGGAAAGUAGGGGUGGCGAGGAAGGUGGUGGCGUGGAUGCGGCGCCAGGGGGUGGCGCCGAACACGGUGACGUACAAUACGCUAUUGCGGGGGUGUUGUCGGGAGCGCGAUAUGAGGGCCGGGCUGGGGGUCUGGAAAGAGAUGGAGGAGGAGGGGGUCGAGGCGGAUGUGGUGACGUACAAUACGAUGAUGGACCUGUGCAUCAAGGCGGACCAAGUCAGCGAGGCGUUCCGCUGGUUCAAAAGGUUGAAGGAGUCCCACAUCGCCCCCACGGUCGUCUCCUACACGACGGCAAUGCGCGGCUUGGGGCUCGCGCAAGAGCACGCCUUCGCGGAGCGCCUCUUCCGGACGAUGCUCGACGACCCGUCCGUCGUCUUGGACCGUCCGGCGUGGAAUGUCGUCAUCGACACCUUUUGCCGCGCGGGCGCGAUGCCGCUCGCCAAAAAGGUCUUUCAAGCGAUGAAAACCGCGGGAGUGUCGCCGGAUCUUGCGACCUACGGAUCGCUCGUGUUGGGCUUCUCGCGGCAGGAAGACAUCGGCGAAGUGCUCGUGCUCUGGAAGGAGAUCAAGGCGCGGAACGCGGCCGCGCGGGAGUCGGGGGGAUCCCCGGGGCGCCGGAACGGCCCUCCCCGGGAGCAGAAAGCGGUCGGGACGAGCGCCCGGGGGGAGAUUUUGGUCGACCAGCGGCUGUGCGAUGAGGUGCUGAGCGCGUGCGUGCGCGCGGGUUACUACGAGCGCGCUCUGGGCGUGAUUGCCCUGAUGGAGGAACUAGGGAUGGCGAUCAACCGGCGCAAGUAUGGGGAGCUGUUUGCGGAGGAGCAGGAGCGGCCGUGGCGCGCGAGCCGGACGCAGAUCAUCGAGCGGUCGCCGCGGGCGAACGACUUCCUAGAGAAGUUCAAGGCGUGGCUCGGGUUGGAUAAUGAUUACUACCAGCGGGAAUGGAAUUGGCGAGACUGAGGGGCAGCCAUGGAUGUGCAGGUCGCCAAUGGGCACGGUUGGUGUGGGAUUCGAGGGCCCUUUGAGGCGCCUCAGAUGAGUAGAAUUGUCGAAGUGUUGUUAGAAGGUGUUGCUUCGGGGGCAGCGACCACGACGGUAUGGAUGCCAUAAGAGCUUGCAAUUUUGGGUUGGCGACUUGUUACAGGAAUCAAUGUUCCCAACUCGUCGGGGAACUCUGCCAAUCCGUACUGUUCAUUGGCGCAACUGACCAUGUGAGAUCAAGUUGAAAAACGGUCUGCUUGUUACCUUUCAGCUGAUUCCAUCAUGGCUUGUCAUAGGCUUUGACC